ACUGAAAGGAAAAUGUCCCAUUGACAAAACACAUCGCAACCAGUGCAGAGCCUGUCGACUAAAGAAAUGUUUUGAAGCCGAAAUGAAUAAAGACGCUGUACAGCACGAAAGAGGACCUCGGAAACCAAAACCCAAACCAACUGACCAACCAGAAAGCACAAAACAAAUACCAAUAAAUGAACAACCAAUAGAUUUCAGUUUCGGCAAUUACCCACCUCCACCAGCAUCUACUCUCAGCGCUGUGCAAUAUCAACAUGGCCCAAUUAACAGACUGUAUCUUCUCGACCGCGAACCAGGAGCAGGUCUUGUGGUCGACUGGUUACAACAUAUCACCCCAUCAGCUUUCUCUAGUCCACCGAUUCGAAUCAACAAAGAGGUCAUACAAGAAGUAACGGCACGAGUUCUGUUUGCUGUUGUCAGCUGGGUCAAACAGAUACCGGCCUUUUCAGUACUGGCUCCAUCCGAUCAGGUAAGGCAGAUUAAACGAACAUUACUCUUUGGACAUAGAAGUCCUCUAAAAAUUGCAUACACACAUCAGGAAAGGAGAAAAUCUGUAUAA